GCACUCGCCAACAGCUGUGAUCCAGUGAAGUGAGAGGACACAGACAAGUUGACGGUCCAGUAUGGAGGUGUCUGGAGUCUUCAUCAGCAGAGGAGGCUGACUGCGGCUCUUGGAGAAGAAGAGCUUCAUUCAUCUUUCCAAACAUUAACUCCUCCUCUGAACGAGCUGCCCUCCCUCCUCCUCCUCUUCCUGUCGUCCAGGGAAAUAUGUGUCUCCUCUUCCUGGCCUUUGCCUUCCUCCUUCUUGCCUGUUAUUCCCCGCCGUCCCUUUUUCCGUCCGCCGAGGGCUCGCGGUCGUGUCCACACCACUGCAUUUGUUAUGAGCACGCCGACCUGGUGGACUGCCGCAGCCUUGGGUUCGAGCACGUUCCCAGGGGCCUCCCACACGGCACGUGGCUGCUGGAGCUGGGAGGGAACAAUCUGAGCGAGAUCGGGACCCGAGCCUUCACUGGACUGUGGUCCCUGCGGGUGCUGGUGCUGACCAACAGCCAGAUAGAAGAAAUACAACCACAGGCAUUUUUCUCUUUGUCCUUCCUGGAGAAACUGGAUCUCAGCUGGAACCAGUUAACGUCUCUACCUGUCGACUUCUCAGCCAGUCUGUCUGCGCUCAAAGAGCUGCGACUGGAACACAACAACUUACAGCACAUAUCUGGAUACAGCUUGGAGUAUCUGGACAACAUGGAGAAACUGGACCUCAGUUAUAACCAGCUGGUGAUGGUUGGCCCCGGUGUGUUCAGGGGCCUCUCCAGGCUGAGACAGCUCUACCUGCACAACAACCGACUGACUCUGGUGCAGCAGGGCAGCCUGGAUAUGCUGCCUGGACUGGAGGUGCUCCAGCUGAGUAACAACAACAUCUCUCAGAUCGACAAUGAUGCUCUGGCGCCUCUCUACAGCCUGGCCAUCCUCGCUCUGGAAGGAAACAACCUGCAUCACCUAAAGUUUAAGACCUUCAUCAGCCUCCAUACAACAGCGACACACAUCCAGCUGUCAGGCAACCCGUGGAGCUGUGACUGCGACCUGCAUCGCGUCUUCAGUAAGAUCCUGCACGUUCGCCACCUUCACAUCGACGACUACCGCAACGUGACGUGCCAGGAUCCACCGCAGCUGGCGGGGGCUUCGCUGGCCUGGGUGGACAGCCAGCUCUGCAUCGCAGAGACCGCCACCGUACUCGUCAUCACUGUCACUGUGCUGGUUACCGUGGUGGCGGCUUUGGUGAUGGCAGAGAGGAACAGGAAGAGGAACAGUGGGAAGAACUGGGACACUGAGUCACAGAAUCAAAGUUAGAGCCGUCCGUCCUGAGAGUCGUCCUCACAAACAGCGAGAAGAUGAGAGCUGACAUAUAUGUCAAAAAGAGCAUACAAAUCUGGGCCCUGUAAAUGUGAAGAGGUUCCUCUUUCUGUUUUAAUAAUUUCAAUAUCAUUCAGUCAACUAAAUACAUCAUCUGUAAUGGUUACUGGGAACAUCAGAAUCAGAAUUAGAUUUGUUACCAAGUAGGUUUUCAUUCAGUGUGUUUCCAUGACGACAGAGGAAAUGGAUUUAUUGUGUCAGACUUAUUAAACCCCUGUAAACAUGUCAGUGUGAGUGAAAUGUUCCUGCAGUGAAUGUGUCACAGUGGGACUAACACACCCAGAUCAUGUGACUCCUGCAUGUAUACAGUCAAUCAGACCCAAACUGGCCGAGGCGCUCUGAGCAUGCUCCACAGUUUCCGCCCCGGGCUUUGACCCUGAAGUCCAAUAGCAUUAAAUGUGUAAGAGAAGAAGAAGCCGGUAACAACAUGGAGAAAUCUACAUCCAGAGCCGUGACUUUUUGGACGGACCAAAUGUACAGAGCUGUAAAGUUGUCCACCAUGGUAGCAGUUAGCUGCUAGCUAACCGUAGCUAACUUGUUUGUCCAUUGUUUGGUCUGUGACGUAAUAGGUCAACAGGAAAAAGGUCCAAUACUAACAAGCUGAAAGGGGGCAUAUCUCCACCUAUCGUAGAGGAGUCGCACAUACUUGGCUCAAUAAAUGGAUUCCCCUCCCGUGCUUGUAUACUGGGACAAGGACAGUAGGCCAGUUAGAUGUCCUCGUCCAGCUGGGACUGUAGCUCCACUUCACUGUGACUGGACUGACUUGGAAGGAAUCUCCUUUGGUUUUUGGUGCGUAUAUUAAACAGACAAAAAAAUGAAUUACCACAUUUAAUGGUACUAAACAAAUGUGAUGUGUUUGAGUCUUUGUUUCUGAUUAUUAUUCAGCCAAUAAGAAAAAUACUUGACAGUGAUGACAUAUUUAAAAACAUCCAAAUACAUUUGAAGCAUUCACCCCACAGUCUGACAGUCGGCAUCAGACAGAGUCCUUUAUGAGGACCAUAUGUGUGUGGACACCAGAGGAUUACUGCUGGACUAAUGGAGGGACAGAGAGAAACAGUCCUAUUGAGGUCAGAGGCCAGAUGUCAAGAUGAUUACUGCUGGACUUUAUUAAACGUGUGUGUGUGUGUGUGUGUGUGUGUGUGUGUGUG